AUAUUUACUUCAUUAAAGAAAUCAAACAAAAUGAUAUUGGUGAAUUUUCCAUGGAAUUAAAUACGAAAAAUGAGACUGAUUUUCCACGGUUAAAAAAAAAAAAAUUGAUACCAACUGAGACCGUUUCAGUUUCUUAUGACCCUUCGAGUGUCUAAUGUCACUUCCGAAUUGAGCAACUUGGUUAUCAUAGAAAAAAUUGACCGCGUAAGAUGUCUGAGAAUUGUCACUUUCGCUAAAUAAAGAAGAAUAUGACCUCAUUUUUGGGGGGGAGUUGUUGUAGAAAAUGAAAUGAGAAAAUUUUUUAAUAUUAGGUCAUGUUUUAUAAUAAGAUGCAAUCCAAAUAUAACUCUUGGGAAAUCGCUGAAUUAUUAUUCGAAUAUUCCAACACCUAAACAUGUUUCGUGUAAAUUUCCUGUGCAGUGAUUCAAAGCGCUUAACUCCGCUAGAGGAAGGUUAGCAUCGUUGAGAAGAUUGGUUGGAAAGCGCGACUGGAAAGAAGAAAUAUUCUGAAAGUAACUUCUGGAUAAUUCUUUUGGUUUUUAUCGUUCCUAAAAAAGAAGAAAAACUUUUUGGCGUCUGUCAAGCUGUUAAAAAUGGCGGCGUCGCGGAACAUCGUCUGGAGGGAUUACAAGUUUUCAGCUUUUUGCGUCAUUUUCAUCUGGACUUUCCUCUGUUCAUCUCGUCCAGGUGUUGAUGCCUUAAAAUUUCUCAAUCCUUCAUCUCAAAUUUUAAGUGGAUUCCUGGGUAUGAACAUUGACAUCAACUGUUCAACUGAUGACACAAAUGCAACAGUUCAGCUUCUCCACUCACAAUCCUUUGGACCAUUUACUGAAAGGACUUUGUCUCCUGAGAAACUUCACAAGAACAAGCAGGUUUUUACACUGUUGAACCUUAGUGUAAAGGAUGCUGGACAAUAUAGGUGUAAAGCAACGGAUGGACAACAAACCAUUGAAUGGGCAAAUAGUGGAUAUCUCUUUCUUACUCCGGGAAUUUUGCCAGAUAUUAUCCUUGACCCAUCGAAACCAAUCAUUAUACUGCAGGGGAAAACUGGAAAAAUCACAUGUCAAGCUGUUGAUUGGUCCGUAAGCAAACUGUCUUGGAAGAAGACAAAUGAUUCUGGUGACCAACCUGUUCCAGACAGCAAAGUUGAAGAUGUUAUAGACAAGACUAAUAAUAUUGUAAAGGCAAUCCUUACCAUCACAAAUGCUCAACCUCAAGAUAGUGGUGAAUAUAAAUGUGUACUGACAGCUUUCAGCAAACAGAAUUAUAAGCUUACAAAUAUACGCGUGGAUGCACCUACACAACCAUUGAUAUAUUCAUACACUGGAGAGAAAACAGUCGAUGAAGGGACCAAAAAAACUCUUAGAUGUACAACUAAAGCAUCUCCAAAAGCCAAUGUAACCUGGUACCGGCAUGGCAAGGAGUUACAGAACACCACUACCUGUUCCGCAUCAGACAAGGACAAGUGCAAAACUGUUUAUGAGAUUUAUGAAGAUGACCCUGUCCCUGCUUUGCACACUCCUUUCACCAAACAUGUUCUUGAGAUACACAGUGCCACGUAUCCAAGAGACCAAGGGGAGUUCAAAUGUAUUGCAACAAAUGGCAUUGGUCAACCUGCAGAGUUAAUUAUAGACCUUGAUAUACUUGCACCACCCACUUUAAAUAAAGCAAGAGAUGAAGCAGUAGCUAAAGAAGGGGAAGAAACAAAAGUGAUCUGUGACGUGAAAAAAUCUAACCCAAUUCCUAAUAUCACAUGGAAAUACCAAACUGUCAAAUGUGAUGAUGUUGAAAACUGUUUACCUGAUGAAAGCAAGUGGAUAGAUGUUCCAUCAAAUCUUCUCCUUACACCACAACAAACAAACUCAAGUCAAGUUCUAGUUGAGAAAAGUCAGUCUGCUGCUUUUUACCGCUGCCAAGCAGACAAUGGUGUUGGAAAUGACACUCACAUUGUAGAACUUAUUCGGAUUGCAAAAUCAAAGAAACUUGUUCAGUUUGAGCCAGACAGUAAAACACAGUUUGAUGAACAAGGCACUUUGCGUCUUGCUUGCAUCAAGCGAUGUGGCAUCUUUUGCACCAGCACCCUCUUUAAAGAUGGUCAUCAACUUUCCUUUGAAAAAAAUGAUUCGCGUGUCAACAUCACAAUAAUACAGUCACCUAACAAUAGGUAUGAAAGCAGGAAGAUAUUGACAAUAAAGAGAUUGACGCUUAAUGACACAGGAAGCUAUCGUUGUGGUCUUAAUGGUCUUGAAUUUGAUGAACUGAACAUCACUAUCAAAAAAUUAGUUGCAACAGACAUCAGCAAGUUACCAAAUAAAACUGUGAUUCAAGAUGACGACCGGCAAGUACAAUUGUACUGUAAUGCCACAGGCUACCCAAAGCCAAUCCUCACUUGGUACAUUGACAGAAAUGGAGAAAAAGUGCGCAUCAAUGAGAAAGAAGAAGGACUGGGUGGAAAUGUAGAUGCUUGUCAGAAACGGACGCCUGGGUACUUCUUUUUGGUAGAGAGCAAUCCCUCUGACCUUGUCAUUUGUAGCCCCAGCCUGCAACAUGUAGGAAAAUACACAUGUCUUGCUAGCAGCCCCAGAUUCCAAGAUAAGGAACAAAGUGCAUUCAUCAAUGUGCUGACAAAAUCAAAGAAAAUUGUUCAGUUUGAGCCAGACAGUAAAAUGCAGUUUGAUGAACAAGGCACUUUGCGUCUUGCUUGCAUCAAGCGAUGUGGCAUCUUUUGCUACAGCACCCUCUUUAAAGAUGGUCGUCAGCUUUCCGUUGAAAAAAAUGACUGGCGUGUCAACAUCACAAUAAUACAGUCACCUAACGAUAGGUAUGAAAGCAACAAGAUAUUGACAAUAAAGAGAUUGACGCUUAAUGACACAGGAAGCUAUCGUUGUGGUCUUGGUGUUCUUUUUGGUUUUGAAUUUGAUGAACUUAACAUCACUAUCAAAAAAUUAGUUGCACCAGACAUCAGCAAGUUACCAAAUAAAACUGUGAUUCAAGAUGACGACUGGCAAGUACAAUUGUACUGUAAUGCCACAGGCUACCCAAAGCCAAUCCUCACUUGGUACAUUGACAUAAAUGGAGAAAAAGUGCGCAUCAAUGAGAAAGAAGAAGGACUGGGUGGAAAUGUAGAUGCUUGUCAGAAACGGACGCCUGGGUACUUCUUUUUGGUAGACAGCAAUCCCUCUGACCUUGUCAUUUGUAGCCCCAGCCUGCAACAUGUAGGAAAAUACACAUGUCUUGCUAGCAGCCCCAGAUUCCAAGAUAAGGAACAAAGUGCAUUCAUCAAUGUGCUGAAAUCCACCCCUGUUACAAGAGCUGGAGGGUCUCCAUUGAGCACUGGUGCCCUGGUUGGAAUUGCCACUGGCGUGGAAUCCACCCCUGUUACAAGAGCUGGAGGGUCUCCAUUGAGCACUGGUGCCCUGGUUGGAAUUGCCACUGGCGUGGAAUCCACCCCUGUUACAAGAGCUGGAGGGUCUCCAUUGAGCACUGGUGCCCUGGUUGGAAUUGCCACUGGCGUGGAACCCACCCCUGUUACAAGAGCUGGAGGGUCUCCAUUGAGCACUGGUGCCCUGGUUGGAAUUGCCCUUGGCGUGGGUGCGUUUGUUCUACUUGUACUAGUGAUUUGUUGUGUGGUGUAUCGCAGACAAAAGAAACAGAUUGACGAGUACAAGGAGAUUUACUUCCUAAGAAGCUCAGACUACCAGAUCGAGCCUGACCGUAGUCUCCUGGAGCAGUGCGGUGAUCUGCCGUAUGACCCAGACUGGGAAUUCCCUGAGGAGAGGCUUAUUCUCGGGGAUGUGCUCGGUGCUGGGGCCUUUGGUCAGGUUAUGAAGGCAGAAGCUAUCGGCAUCCUGGCCCUUGAACCACGUGACAAGAGUGCUGAGUCAUUCAAGCGACGCUCAAAAAUACGCAGGUCCUCGCGGGCCAAAGAUCUGAAGAAAGAAGAAGGCCCUGGCUGGAAAAACACAAGGAUCCCUGUAGCAGUGAAAACCUUAAAAGAGGGUGCCAGUGAAUCAGAAUACAAAGAUUUAGCCUCAGAACUUAAGAUCCUUAUCCAUCUCGGACAACACAAGAACAUUGUGAAUCUUCUUGGUGCUUGUACGCGUGGAAAGCGACUCAUGAUGAUCAUGGAAUUCGCUCCCCACGGUAGCUUACUGUCUUUCCUUCGAAGUAAAAGGGACAUUUAUGAGCCAGACUGGACGAAGACCACAAAUGAUCCCAAUAAAGAGUUUACACUUGUCGAUCUCGUAAUGAUCAGUUAUCAGAUCAGUAGGGGAAUGGCGUUCUUGGCAUCAAGGAAGUGUGUGCAUCGCGACUUGGCUGCAAGAAACAUCUUGGUUGGUGAAGACUUUGUAAUGAAGAUCGCAGACUUUGGUCUUGCAAGAGACAUUUACAAAGAUGAUCUUUAUGUGAAGAAAACACAAGGAUUACUGCCAGUCAAGUGGAUGGCUCCGGAGUCUCUGUUCGACAGAGUUUACACUGAGAAAACGGACGUGUGGUCUUUUGGUAUUUUGUUGUGGGAAACAUUUACCCUUGGGGGUACCCCCUACCCCGACCUCCCAACGGAACAGCUCCUUGACUACCUGAGUGAAGGGAGGCGGAUGGACAACCCAGCGAAGUGUCCAUUGGAAGUGUACACCGUCAUGAGGGACUGCUGGCUUCACGACCCGGAACAAAGGCCACCAUUCACUUUCUUAAACGAACGACUUGGAAAAAUCCUGGAAAGGCACAUGAGAACGGACAACCCUUACCUUGCGCUUGAGUUGGACGAUGAUGAAGGUGUUGAGAGCCAGGGCUAUUAUCUACAGCCGUGUGAUUCAGGUCUGCGAAACUCCAAGCGAUAUGUUGAGUCGCCAAUUUGCUCUCCGACAAGCGAACUUCCGCCGAAUACGGACAAGGAAGGGGCUGGAAUGGGGUAAGUUAACAGCAAUCAACGAGACUAUAUAUUUAUUGACAG